UCGACUUUUGUAAGAUCGAGAAUAUAUUCUGGAUUCGACUUUUUCUUGGAGGGGACUUGUCAAAAGAAACAGCGUUUGUUGGCGUGGCGAAGUCAAACAGCCAUGCACCUGAAUCGAGAGGACGAGGACGGGAAAGGUUCUUUGUCUCUGAGUGUGUUCCUGGUAUCGGUGGGUUUAACAGUGUGUAUCGUAUGGCUGGUCGCACUGUGCGGGGUCUGUGGAUGGUGCCAACGCAAACUGGGGAAGAGGAAUAAGCCAGGGGUGGAGACAGCAGGAACCCCAGACUCGGUGUCUGUGUCUGGGAGAGGCAGAGGAGAAAAUAAAGCCAUCAAUGAUCUAGACAGGGAUUUUUGGAAUAACAAUGACAGCAGCACUGUGCAGCAGCGCUGGAGCUCCUAUCCUCCCAAGGAGUUCCUCCUAAACAUGUCCCCCUACGCCCCCUAUGGAGACCCUCGCCUCACGCCCAAAGAGGGGAAGAUGGUUGUGCUGUCUCUCGCAAUUGGAUUGGCCGAGCAAGAUGACUUUGCCAACCUUCCAGACUUACAGGAGGCACCACCGAGCAAGGAAACGCCUCCUACUGACAAAAGAACCGCUGGUAACAAACCCGGCAGCAGCCCCAAGGGCCAGACCCCAGAUGAGAGCAACCGCCGGACAGACGCCAACUCUUCUGUCUCAGACCUGGCCAACUCUGUCACCAGUGACAUGCUGAUGUUGUCCCCAGGCUCUGAAGGAGAGGAACACGAAGGGCCAGUGUGCGAGAAGUUGGGUCGCAUCCAGUUUAGCGUGGGCUACAGUUUUCAGGACUCCACUCUAACAGUCAAGAUCCUAAAGGGUCAGGAUCUACCUGCGAAAGACUUCUCUGGAACUUCAGAUCCGUUCGUCAAACUCUACCUUUUGCCAGACAAGAAGCACAAACUUGAGACCAAGGUCAAAAGAAAGAACCUCAACCCUCACUGGAACGAGACCUUCCUAUUUGAAGGGUUUCCUUAUGAAAAGGUGGUGCAGCGCACAUUGUACCUGCAAGUGCUGGAUUAUGACCGUUUCAGCAGGAAUGACCCAAUAGGAGAGGUCUCCAUCCCUCUGAACAAGAUUGAGCUGGCUCACAUGCAGACCUUCUGGAAGGAGCUGAAACCCUGCAGCGAUGGAAGUGGAAGUCGGGGUGACCUGCUCGUGUCUCUGUGUUAUAAUCCCACUGCCAACAUCAUCACUGUGAGCAUCAUAAAGGCACGCAAUCUCAAAGCUAUGGACAUUGGGGGAACUUCCGACCCCUAUGUCAAAGUGUGGCUGAUGCACAAAGAUAAACGUGUGGAGAAGAAGAAGACAGUGGUGAUGAAGAGGUGUUUAAAUCCUGUGUUUAAUGAGUCGUUCCCCUUUGAUGUCCCCGCUCACAUCCUCAGAGAAACAACCAUUGUCAUCACAGUCAUGGACAAGGACAGACUGAGUCGCAAUGAUGUCAUAGGCAAGAUCUAUCUCUCAUGGAAGAGUGGCCCAGCGGAGGUAAAACAUUGGAAAGACAUGAUGAGCCAUCCGCGCACUGCCGUUGCCCAAUGGCACGCUCUCAAAGCUUGAAGGACCUGCCCACCAAAAGUAAACAAAACCCUUCAAAACCCUUCAAAACCCUGUUGAUAUGCACAAGUUUAAACACGGGUACCAAAAGCCAUCCAACUAUCUUUCUCUCUCUCUCUCUCUCUCUCUCUCUCUCUCUCUCUCUCUCUCUCUCUCUCUCUCCCUUCCUUCUCAAUUUUUCCUGCAGUUUGGUUAUAAAGAGCCUGCAUUUGUUUACUACUAUUAUUUUUUCCCACCAAAAAAGAGGCUAAGCACUGCCAAGAAGACUGGGAGAGAAAUUCUUAUGUAAUGGAGAUGUAAACAGACUCGUCUUCCUUGAAAAAAAGUCUGACAACUCAACUGUUCUUUGAACAGCUGAACCGCCAAACAGGGUAACGUUUCGUCGAACUUCAAUCGCUGAACUUGAAAUGGCUGAAAACAAUCCCCAAAACAGCCCCUUCUAUGUUUUUGUCUCACCUCCCUUGUGCCGUCCCUCUAAGUGUAUGGAAAGAUCUGGAAGGAUCACAACCACAGUGCAAUACCUAGUUGAAGGAGGGAUGAACUUGUUGUUUGUUGGACUUUAUCACCUCUUGUUUUGUUUUUUUCUCGGAACAGAGUAGAAAUUGCUCUUUCUCUGGAACUCUUUGUUGUAUGUACAGUAUGUACUGUGGGUGUUGUUAUGUGACAGAAAAAAAUUAGGUCUUGUUUAAAAAAAAAGAAAAAUAAAAAAAAAAUUAUUGAUUGGAUCAGUUCAAGUGCAUAGGGGAAAUAUGUUUGAAUAAUUUUAGAACAUUCCUAUAAUUGUGUAAAAACAAAAUGGGGCAAGAAUUGAAAGAGCGAGAAUUGUAAAAAUGGUUGUUUGUGGGUUUCUCUUAGACCCACGACAUAGGCCUACUCUGCACAGGAGGGUGAAAGCAAACACUUCAUGCUACAUGAGCACGAUUUAAUUUGUCAUUGCAUUCCGAAUUGUGUCAGAAUGCAUUGCGUAACACAGCGCAAGUAUGCAUUGCCAUAAGACCAAUUUCCUCUUUCAGGUCAACUACUAUCGUGACGAAGAAACAGUUUGAAGAUAAUCUUUACAUGUGUAUACAAUUACAUUCAUUCUUAUUCUUUUAACAGACACUUUUAUCCAAAGCGACUUACAAAUAAGGAAUACAGCAAAAGUGAUUCGUCAUAAGGAGACAAUAACCUGAGAAGUACUGCAAUACAAGUUUCAAAUUGCUCAGAGAAGUACAAUAGCUAGUCACCUGAAUAACAACUUAUUUGGCUCAGCCAACUGAAGGUAACUAUCAUGCCCUUGAGUCCUGAGGUUUGUUACUGCGACAGUAUGUUUCUGGCCUUACAGUCAAACAGAGACCAUUAAAAUGUAUUUCCAAAGCAAAGAGCAAUAGAGAAGACAGGGUUGUUUAUGUAUGAGUCUGUAUGAAUUUGUGUUUGCACACAUUUGUGUGUGUGAAGUGUGUGUUGGCAUAUGAGGUGUUUGUUGAACACUGAGUAGAAGCAGAACUGUAGGAAUACUUUUAUCUAAAGCAGCAUUCCUCAUGCAAUGUACACAUCUUGCAGAGGGCUGCAUCAACCACUUAACCAGUAUGCAAUGACACUGCCGAUGUGAGUUCAACCGCUGCCAUUAUGCUUUUCAUUUGUUUUCAGACAGUUCAUUUCCAAAAGGUCUGGAUGAGUUCAUUAUGUCCCUCGAAAAUAAGAUAUACAAUUUAUUGAACUAAAUCUUAAGAAAAAGAGAUAAGUGAAACCAGAAAAUAUAACGCAAGUCCUCUAAUUGUACAAAUUGUUUGUGCGUCUUUGGCUUAGUGUGUAUGUAUGUUUAUGUGUGUGUGUGUGUGUGUGUGUGUGUGUGUGUGUGUGUGUUUGUAUGCGUUUGUCACAGUCAGUAUUUGUCUAUGCGUUGAGGAUUGGAUUACAAUGGUCAUAUGACUGAUUCGUAAAUAAAAGUUACAUUUAGUUGCUUCUUAUGCUGCCUUCAAGUCUUCCUGUGACAUACUUACGAGUUCGGAAAUUGUAAUUAUGACAUGAUGUGUGUUCAAGCGUUUUUUGUUGGAAUCAAAUUCAUGUAAAUUAGGUGUGUACAGUGUUGGGUAACGUUACUUUUAAAAGUAACUCGUUAGAAUAUUGCGUUAUUCCUUAAAAAAGUAACUUAACUAAAAAGUUAUUUUUUAUGGAAAGUAGUGUUACUUUACUUUUGCGUUACUUUUUGCUCACAGCCACUUUCUCUUCUGCUAUGCUAUGCAUUCCAUACAAGAGAUAUUACAGGUUAUGCUAGCUACUGUACAAUACUCAUGUCAAAAAAACAUAGUAAACAAACAGAUAUUUAGAAAGUAGGUCUUUACUUCAUAUUUAUAAUAAAGAAUCAGUAACAUGAAUAUGCAUUUUGUUUUUCCAUCAACAUGGCAGCCAAUAUGAAUAAUGAAGAAUAACCAAUGUCUUACCUAAAGCAGCAAAGUACAACACUCGAACCUGCAUCAUAUAUGUCAUCAUAUGCGGUGCCCAUCGACAAUGCCAGAGUCAGCUUGAGAUUUUCUUCAGAAGUCAGGAUAAAAUUCAGUGGGGAAUGCCAGUCUAACAUGUUCAAUGAAUAAAUAAAUAUUUUUCACUUAAGUCAUCUCAGUGCACACUUGUUUUGAGUUGAUCCACGGUGCAUAUAGACGGCACAACUUCAAAGGCGCAUUUUGAUACAACUUGAAUGGAAUCGUUAUUAAUGCACCAAAAUGUCAUAAAAACAGUUUGUUUCAUGAAUCAAAGUACUUGUUUAUUAUAAAACAAAAAUGUAGAAUAUUUUUAGAAACUAAGACAUUUUCUCUGCGUACACAAUCAAUGUAGAACGUUGCUCAGAGCCACUGACCCAGAGUCUUUUCUCAUCCCAUUCUCCCAGUUACAGGGAGCAGUAACAUGGAGCAGUUCAGCUGCAUAAGUCAGUGAAUUAAGCGAGUAUUUCACCCUGUGUAUCAUGUCGUGGCCAGUGGAUGACUAGUCUUAUAAUCCCUCUGCCUAAACCAAUUUACUGAUUUUUUUAAUGCAGUGUGUAUUAACACAUGAAUCAACCGUGUUUCACUCAACCGAAUGUUGACCUCAUAUUACUCUAAAACACUAAAUGUGCAUGCAUUUUAGCGAGUUGAUUGACAGGCGAUGUCUGUAUCUAAAAGGUGAUUGGCUCUUUUACCUGCAAGGCUGGACUGUCUUUCUAUAUCCAUUAAUGUUGGGUGCUAGAGCUUCUUGGUUGGGCAUUCCAAUUUCUCUCAUACAUUUAAAUAGAAGUGACUCGUCUCUGCUAAAUAGUAAUCUGGCCACUCACUCCCCAAAGUUUGCACACUUUUACUCCUGAUUUCUCGCAAUACAGGGACGGUAGAGGUGUGCAAAAGCAACGCGUUACUUUAUUUAAAAAGUAACUCAGAUAUUAUGGUCUAAAAUAAAAAACAUUGCAUUACUUUACUCAUUACUCUAAAAAAAGUAAUCUGAUUACGUAACACAUGUUACUUUUAUCACCUUACCCCCAACACUGGGUGUGUAAUUGAUGCUUUAUCUGGGUAAAGAAUGAUGGGAAAUGUAGUUUGGUCACACAAGUUUGGGCCUGUUUACACUUGGCAACUGCAUGCGUUUCCACUGAUCAGAUAGCUAUCCAAUCAUGAAAAGACCAGGUGUAAAUGCCCUCUGAAAUGCAUUCGAAACGGGUUACAAUUUGAUCACUCAAACCACUUCAGGAAGUGGUUUGAGACGCAUUCCAGGCGAAACUGGUCAAGUCUAAAUGCAUCUUGCUGUUCAAGCCACAUAUGUAAACUUUACCCAACCCAAACAGUGCUACGUCAGCACACAAAAAAAUGAUAAACAUAUCAGUUGUCACCAAAUAUUUGCAUAGCGCUUGCAUCGUGCAGUAAAUAAUAACAAAGAAAGAGACGAAUGCAUGUUGUAGGAGAGACAGAACUUUUUCCUCAUUUAUUUGAUGCAAAUCGCUGAUGAAACUGAAACUUAGCACUGACAUGAGCGCAGCUGACACGCAUGACACGUCUUUCCUACAAGAAGCCCCGAGGGGAAAAAUACACAGCGCCCAUACACAAAUUCGCUUGGAAUCAAAUAAUAAAGCAUCUUUUAAAUUCACUGCCCGGAAUUAGCAUAAUCACGGUUUUAUUUGCAUAUAGCGUGGGAAUUGAAGAUCGGAUUUAUAUCCAUUUGCCGGAGACACAUUGAUGUGGCCAAGUGUAAAUAGGCCCUUUGUCACUACAUGAACUGACUAAAUGAGUCGUAUUUCCUGCUAUGUUCAUCAACAGGACACAAAAUGUUUACAAACUAAAUUGUACAGUCAACAUACAAAAAGAAAAUCCCAAGUGUAAUGUGUCAGAAUGCAAUUCAUAACGCAAGGCGCUAUGGCGUUAGCAUAAGCGUUAGCAUCAACUUGUCUUCUACAGUCAGUUUUCUCUUUCGGGUCAACUACUGUCAUGGCGGAGCAACAGUUUAAAUUUUAACAUAAUUGUAAACUUAAUGUGUACAUUUAGCUGGAGCUCUAAGAAAAUCCUGAAUGUUCUACUUGUAAUUACUUAGUGUGCUUAUUUCGUAAUUCGUGUGCGCUCAUCUUGUAAAUACAAUCAUUCUGACAUGACUUGAAGGCAGCAUUAGCUCAGCUUUGAGAAAGGUGUUAUAGCUAACAUAAAUGCCAAGUUUCUUUUAAUUGUAGAUGGGAACUGAUCAACAAGUCCACAGGAUAUAAUAGCAAUACUUUAAUUUUUGUUUUUCAAACAUUGUAUGUCAAACUGCUGUGUUUGCUUGCAAUUUCUGUCUCUUCUUAAGUGUUACUUAUGUAACAGAGAAAAGGCAGAUAUAGAAAGGGAAGAAUUUAAAUUGUUACCAUGUCAACAGUAAAAUUAAACCUAAGGUUCACCAUUAUGAAAAAUUACUAUUUUUAUUAUAUCACAGUCCGAGUACAAAUGAUCUUUAAGAAGACAAAACCUCUUUGAAGAAGGUAACUGCUUUAUCCAUACUUGAAAUAAUAAGGCAAUGUACUGUAGAUAAGCAAUAUAUUUAUGUUUAAACAUUAGGUAAGGUAAAGGUAAAUGUAAGUGAUCACUUCAGGGUUAGGACUUGCUUCAUAUCUGUUCAUAAAGUCAAGCAGCUUUCAAUACACAGAUGUACAUAUACAAACACACACACAGUCCUUUUAGGAAGUGAAACAGUACAUCACCUUUCUCCCCUCCAUAUGCCUGUGCUCCUAGUGUCAAAUGAGACAUCCAAAGUGAAUUUCACUGCCAAAAGCCUGUCCACCUGCAGCUGUCAUUUGAUGGCACCGUCUAUACGUGUGUUAAUUCCUUUAUUUGGACUUCUAAGCAGGGCUGUCGCUUGAUUUCAUGGGGCCUGCAUAAAUCGUGAUAACAGUAAAGCACCUACGUACAAUUGAAGUACACUUGGCAAGUCAAUAAAAAGUAAAGCCACAAGACUUACAGUAAACAUAUGUGUUGCCAUGAGACUAGUGUGAUAGAAUAACUGAUCUUAUCUGUGCCAUGUUUUAUCCAAUCUUCAAUGUCAAGACCGCGUUACACUGUUCAAACAGGUAACUUUCGCAUGAUAAACGUAAGGAUGCCAGUAUGAGAUGUGACGUAACGAUCCAUAAUGCACUGUUUACAUACAGUAUAGAAUACAUACAAUUAUUUCUGAAAUGCAACCAGAAGUUCACCUACCUAGUAAAAUAGUCCCACCUCAAAAAGGACCACUUAACAUAUUGCAGAGGGAUGCAUCAACCACUUAACCAGUUUGCAAUGACACUGCCAAUGUUAGUUCAACUGCUGCCAAUAUGCUUUUCAUUUGUUUUCAGACAGUGCAUUUCCAAAAGGGCUGGAUGAGUUCUUUAUGUCCCUCGAAAAUAAGCUAUACAAGUGAAACAUGAAAAUAUAAUGCAAGUUAUGUAAUUGUACCUAGAAAAAUAGACCCACCUCAAAAAGGACUUAACAUUUCGAGCAUCAUAUUUGUACCCUCAAAAUACCUUGCGCCAUAGGCUUCCAUUGUAAGUGCCUUACUGUAACUGCAAUUUAUUUCCCUUAUCCAUCCCGUCUCAUAAGUCAUAAUAGUUAGUAUGAGAUGGCAAAUCAUAAGAAAGCUUACAAGUUGACUCGUACCAAAACAUACUGUAUGAUUUUUAGUCCCAUAAUGAAAAUAAACAGACCAUCAGAUGAUGUUACUAUUUUUUCUAUUUAUUUAUUUUUAACUAAGUUUAAUUGCUAUCCCAAACCUAAACCUAACCAUAAAGUCGCUUUACCCAAACUUUAACCUUAGCCAUGAUUUUACUAGGAAAAUAACUUUUCCAUAUGGAAGAAAAAAAACACCAGAGUUUGGAAAGAGUCUAGGGAAGCAUAUUACAGAUUAUUGACAUCAGUCAUUUGUAUUGCAUAAAUAAAUAAUUGAAAAUGAAAUUUGUUCAUUGACAUUUUCUUUCUUAAAAAAAGUGGUGGAUAGGAGGCUAGCUAAAAUUUGAUGCCUGUAUUGUAUUGACUUGAAAUUCUUUUUGUUGAUUGGUUGGUCCCUAUGGGACUAAAAUUUGUAUGUUUUUUUACUAGUCAUCUUGUACACUUUCUUGCGAUUUCACCAUCUCGUACUAAUUAUUAUGAGCUGUCGUGAGACUAAAACACCCUACGUAUGUUGCCCUCAUCACAGGACCCGGUACAAUGUUUCCAGCCCUGCUUUUAGCGUCCAAAGCAGAGCAAGUCUUUUCGUGAGUUGAAAACAAUAAGCACCUAACAUUGAAAAGGAAAGUAAAUGCAGAAGAGUGCACAAGUGAAACGGCAUGCUUUGUUUUGUCUUGUCUUGUUGUAUGACUCACCACGGUGAGGCAGCUAAUGUGUGCUUGUCUGUUGUACUGUUGUAUCCACAAAUUAGUUUUUCAACAGUUGGAUUGCAGAAGUGGACUCCAUUGUUUUUGCAUUACGAAACAAAAUGCCAAACCAGGUUUAAAACAACCAGCAUUUGAAUGAUCACGUCUGUUAUCACAAAUUCGGUUACAGACAAAUGAAUGUGCAAUGAUGGAUUUGAAACCGAACUUUGAUUUAUGUGAUGACAACUCAUCUAAAGACGUUGUGUGAACUUGUUUUGUGCUUGUCAAAUCAAUGUUACCUGGGGAGUUUUGAUGAAAACCCUUGAUAUUUCUCAGCAUCUCUGUGGUGUGCACAAUAUGAUUUAACAUAAUGAUGAUUUAUUUUGGCAUAAAUGUACAGUGUAAAUAGAUGUAAACCUGUAUAUAAAUGAAGGAAACUGACACGUUUCUUGAAGUCUCUUGAUUUAUAAGUUGAGAGAAUGAGUGAACUUGUUAUGAUCGUUAUUAUGUGAUAGAAUUGUUUCUUUUUUGUCUUCUUUUAGUAACUUGUUAGAUUGUGUGACUGGUUUUGUCUAUGCACAAUUCUAAUGUUCUGUAGGGUUUUUCUAGCAAUCAGUUUAAGAUAUUAUGUGUGUGCGUGUGUACUGAUUCAACAAAAUCGUUCUGAUGUUGCACCAGCUUUUUUUUUUUUGCCGUAAAUUGACUCUGAGUUAAUCUGAUUCAUUUACAAUUACCCAAAUUGUAACCCCUUAACAGUGCUACCAGCAUCCAAAAUGAAUCAGAGAUUUUGUCUGUCUUUUGUUCAAAAAGAAUACAGUUGAUACUAAUAAAUGGACAUUGGUGGAAAACACAUCCUCUAAGUUUGUGAGGAAUGACUUUCAUUGUCUUUGUCAUAGAGCGUCUUGCUCUUCCAGGGCACUACACCUGUCCUUGCUGAUGCAGAUCGGGAGUGGAAAAUAACCUUUGUAGAUGUACACAGAGAAAAACUUAAUUGCUCAGAAGAUGCUCUUUCAUGGCUCAGGAGACAUAAUGGACUUCUCUUGUAUGUUUUAUUUUCUUUUUUAGAAUUCCAUAA